CAGAAACUGAAACAAAAGGUUCAUCAUUCUUGUACCCAGAUGAACUCGCUUGCUCUCUUUCUCCAGCUAUCUCUUACUCAGUUCGUUUUUGUUCAUGCAAGAUCCAAAGACAUCUCAAACAAGGAAGCCUUGGUACCAAAGAGCUGUGGGAAUGGCCACUUUGUGGAGGACCUUUUCCAAACGGGCAGAAAUUUCGACAAAAAAUGCUACUCUAUGGAGGACAAUUUCUGAAUCAACGGAGGUUCAGACCACAAAUAAUUCGAGCAGACAAAGGCUCAGAAAAUGCAGCUCCUUAAGGGUCGCCACAUCAUUCACUAGGGUUUGUCUAUGCGCACCAAUCUCUUCCUACACCGAGGUUUUCCAAGCAGACGUGCCACCUAGAAGAAGCAACAGUUAUCCAAGAUCAAAGCCAUUGCCCACACCACCGGAAAGAACGCCAAGCGCAAGAUUGAGUAUAGAAGGGAGGAGAAUUUUUCGGGGAAAAUCUUUGACCGACGAUGUUCUAAUGAGGAGAUUUGUUGUGGAGGAAGAAGCAAUGAUGCAGGUUAGGAGGAGGAAUCAGAUGGAAGUUAUUAGGAGAAGAAGUGCCAUGAGAAGGAAAAAGCUUGGUCCCAGUCCCCUCAGUAGAAUGGUCAUGGCUGAGGAGGAAUGAACUUCCAACUUUUAUAAUAAUUCUGCCCAUACCCAAAUCAGCAAUUUUUUUUUAUAUUUAUUUAUCAUCUAAUUUCAUUGCUGUGGUUGGCAAAAGGUUUGUGUUUUUUACUGCAGGUGUUUUUUUCUUUAUGAUAUCAU